AUGAGCAUCCUGACCUCUGACCCGCAGACCUGUGAGCAGAGCCGCCUGCAGCUGGUCAGGCUCAGCCCAAGGACAGGGGAGAGGCCGCCCUGCACCACAGCAGACAUCAAGCAGAACACUCACAAAGCCACCACCUGGGAGGCCCCCAGAAAGCCCCUGGCCACCAAAGCUGCCGGCAAGAGGGCGCCGCCUACAGGAGGGAUCAAGAAGCCCCACGGCUACAGGCCUGGCACCCUGACGCUUUACAAAAUCAGAAAGUACCAGAAGUCCACUCAGCUGCUCCUGCGCAAGCUGCACGUCCAGUACCUGGUGCGCGAGAUCGCCCAGGCCAUCAGCCCGGACCUGCGCUUCCAGAGCGCAGCCACUAGCGCCCUGCAGGAGCCCAGCGAGGCCUACCUGGUGCGCCUCUUUGAAGACACCAACCUGUGUGCCAUCCAUGCCAGGCACGUGACAUUUACGCCCAGAGACAUGCAGCUGGCCUGCCGCCUCCGUGGAGCGGGUACUUAA